CGUAACUUUGGCGUGUUAAAAGCUGGUAGAAGAGCAAUGAGUCGCGAACAUCGCACACAAUAAUAUAGCUGAGGAAAACAGGAGAUGCAUAGGUUGUUAAUCCUCAAACGAAUCAACAAUCAACACAAUCAAUUCGCCGCUCAGCCUACUCAACGACACUGUUAGAAAGGAUAUCUCUGGAUCAACGAAAAGCACGAAACUUAAAAACGAGCUAGGUUCCGAACAGCGCUGUCCGUGGCGUGUCGGUUUUAAUGUAGCGGCAUGUCGUCCGGGUUGACCCAUCAUCAAGUUAUUGGCUGAGUACAACUGCUGGAUAACUGUGCGUGGACUAAACAUGACGAUUAUCGUGUUUCUGGUCGACACCUCCGCUUCCAUGUGCCAGCGCGCAUUGGUGAAUGGUGUGCAAAAGACCUACCUAGACAUCGCAAAAGGUGCCGUCGAAACGUUCCUCAAGUUUCGUCAACGGUCGCAGGAUUGUAUGGGCGAUCGGUAUAUGCUGCUUACGUUCGAAGAUCCACCGAACAAUGUAAAGGCGGGCUGGAAGGAAAAUCAUGCCACCUUCAUGAACGAGCUAAAGAAUUUACAGAGCAACGGACUCACGUCAAUGGGCGAAGCGUUGAAGAACGCGUUUGAUCUGCUAAACCUGAACCGCAUGCAAUCCGGCAUUGAUACUUACGGGCAGGGUCGGUGUCCGUUCUAUCUGGAACCGUCCGUAAUCAUCGUGCUAACGGAUGGUGGAAAAUAUGCGUUCCGUAACGGAGUACACCAAGAGAUUAUACUUCCACUUCACGCCCAGAUGCCGGGCACGAAGCUAACAAAGGAACCGUUUCGUUGGGAUCAAAGGCUGUUCUCACUCGUGCUGCGUAUGCCGGGAAAUCGGGUGGAGGAACGUGUGGACGGUAAAGUGCCACACGACGAUUCAAUGAUCGAGAAAAUGUGCGAAGUGACGGGUGGUCGGUCAUAUAAAAUAAAGUCGCACUACGUAUUGAAUCAGUGUAUCGAAAGUUUAGUGCAGAAAGUUCAACCCGGCGUGGUGAUACAUUUCGAUCAGUUGAUUUCGAACAACGGUGACAGCAGUACGGCCGAUUUACAGUUUCAAUCGACGAAGCGUAUGAUCUAUGUGCCGAAGCAGCACCCAUCGCAGAAAACGUUCCCGGUGGGGUACUGGCCAAUCCCGGAACCGUAUUGGCCGGAUCCGAAGCUAACGACUCUGCCUCCACGCGAUGCACAUCCGAAGAUAAAGAUAAUUUCGCCCAGCUGCGAUGAACCUCAGGUACUUCGGAACUUUCCGAUCGAUAAGUAUGAACUGGAGGCUAGUCCAUUAACGCUGCAGAUUUUGUCCAAGAAGGAAUCGAACAAGGUAUGGCCAUUGAUCGUGUCGACCGGGAUGCAGGGUGAGAUGCCGUUCGGAUAUUUGAAACCAAACAGUACCGUACCGAUUGUGCAUCUUUACGUACUGCCGUACAACUACCAAAUGCUGCUGCCGUUGAUCAAUGAUCUGUUUCACAAAUUUAAUCUAAAUCCGCCGAACGAUUGGGUGUACAAAUUUACCAACUAUGUCAAAACGAUCCCGCAAUACUAUUGUCCAUUUUUGCGCCGUGCACUCGCCACCACACCGAAUGUGCCCUACCAGCUGGUGCAGUACAUACUGCCAGAAAAUUUGGACAGUUACCUCUGUCCGGCAGUUGCCAACUACUUGAAGCAGAUGAAAAAUACGGCCAAGCUGGAUCAGGAAAAUCUUUGCCUGCGGGUGUUGAAACAGUUGAAGCAACCGAAACCGGCAUACCAUCAGUUGGAGACGGCAAAACUCAGCGGCAACCAGCAGAUGAAGCGCGAUAUCGUCACGCAUCCAAUGCUUAAAGAUACGUUCACCAAAAUGCACAUGGAGAUUGCGAACUUUGACAGCUACACGAUCGUCGUACCGUCCAUAAUACAGACGGCGGCGACCAAAAAUUACCGCAAUCCGUACGACAUUCCGCGCCGGGACCUGAUCGAUGAAAUAGCACGGAUGAGGGAAAACUUUUUCCAUCUGCCGACGAGCGGGAUCAAUGUGUUCACGAAAGAUUCCGGCCACUGUUUGCCGAUCUCGGACAUGGGCAACUAUCAGGAGUAUUUGAAAAACAAAGAAACGCCACUACGAGAACUCGAACCGACGAAUGUCAGGCAGCACAUGUUUGGUAAUCCGUACAAGAAGGAUAAGAACAUGGUCAUGGUGGACGAGGCGGAUCUAAACGAUCUAGCACCGAUGAAGGCAAGCGGUGUGCCCGGACCGCAUCCGAGCAGCCACAUGAAAAAGAGCAUCGAGCAGAACACGGUGACGCGCAUGAGCCGGAAACGAAAAGCGGGCCCAAUACGUAAGGAUUAUGUGUUCAAACGAUCUGCGCUGGAUAUGGCCAGCAGUUCGUCCGGUUCGCUGAGCGGAGAUGACGGAAAUAUGAGUGAACUGCUAACGGAUGACGAGAACAGUUCCGAGUUUAGUAGUGGUAGCGACAUCGAGGAAGAUACCGAAGGAUGUUUGGUUAUGGCUCUAGACGUACCGGAGGAAUCGACCGAAGCGAAUGGCAUCAGCACGUUGCAAAGUUUCCCACUGCGAGAAAAUCUUCUGGAUAUGGGCAGUUCUGGAGGUUCAUUGGAAACUACACGCUCGUCUGCAGAGUCGAGCACCGCGAGCAGUCCGAGCAAGCAAUCUGAAAACGUAGGUGUUGUUGGAUUUGGUAGCGGAUCUAUAACACAAAAUCCAAAUACACCGUGCCGUAUGCAGUUGAUGACAAUUGCUUGUGAGGAUGCGGCAACGGUAUCGAUAGGUGAAGUGAAGUUAAUACAUUGUGCAGAGUCCCUCGUGAUCGAUGAUACUCAUUCCGUCGACGAGAAAGAGCAGCAACGGCCAGAUGAAACGGUAACGUUAUCUUGGAAAAAGCAAACGCAUGAAGAAGCAGAUUUAAUGCCAUCGGUGUGGCCGGAGAUACACGUGAUAGAGUCAGACGACGGUGCUCAGCAACAACAACGACAGCAAACUCCGGUAAAGAAAGGCUCAUUGCAGCAUCCUUCGGAUAGAAAUGUGUCAGAGCAAAGCAGUUAUGAUGCGGAGCUUAUAGAUGCAGCAAAGCAGGACAGUAUAGAGAAGGUUGAGUCCAACGUACGGCCAGAAGAACAAACUGUGGAACAUACCAAUAAGGUACGGUUAGAUCCAACAGACGGUGGUGUUGGUGGGAAACUGCACAUCGAGCUUACUGAACAAAAGGAUUGUAAAAUAGACCAUUCUGAUCAAUCAGCAGAAGAUAUUAAACCACUGGGGAUGGAAGCAAGUCCCGCUUUGGUGCCGAAAGGUUUGACAACAGAAGAGCAAUUGGCGUUGAAUGUUCCACAGCGACAGGAAGGCGCGAAGGUGGAUGAUUAUGUAGAAACGAAUCACGAGUCGGCUGAAGAAACAAGUGUAAAUGAAAUGGAGCAAAGUACAAAAGUAAGGAUACAACCGGAUAAUACCGUAUUACACUCGAGUACGUUAGCGAAGGAAUCCGACCGAGACGAAUCAAUGUCUGUAGAUUAUGAGGCUGAGUUGCAACCAACGGGUCAGGACGCAGUUCGCCAAAGUCCUGAGAUAAAGCAAGCGCAUUCGGCCUUGCAACCGACGGAGCCUGUAAAGUCUGAACCAGUCCGUGAUUUAGAGCAUAAUUUAGGUGAAACACAUAUUCAGCAACAAUCGUCUGCGGCAGAAGAGCAUACAUCUUGGAAACCUCUGCAGCAACAGCAACUACAAUCGCACGAACAGCGACCAACGUCAGCACGUCAUCCGUUAGCUUCACAGUGGGGCCACGACACCAACAACGGCAUGACGGAUGUGAUGAAGGCGUCCAAACAGCAACAACAACCGGCUGACCAACGGCAAACACCACGUCAUCAGCCGGUAUCGCAAUGGGGGCUCGAUGCUGGUGACAUGACAGAUGUGAUGAAGAUUUCCAACAUCCUGAAAACAUGUCACAACGGCGGCGACACCGAUCGCGACAAGGAUAGCAAUUUCGACGACGGUACGGCGGAACGGUCCCCCACCACCAACAGCAGUACGGCGGCACAGGACGGCACAAAACCGGCACGCCCGGUGGGAGGUUCUGGAUCGGAACCGGAACCGGUCAUGGUGCUGGCGAACGGGCUGGUAUCGACGGCCGUGAACGGUAGCGACAAUGCGGUACAGCCAACGCUCAAUUGGGAUUACAACUUUGCCCUUUACUCAUGCGUCGAAGAUGAACAAGAGCUGGAACAGAUUGAGGAGACGAACCUGAAGACGCGCUCGAUCGUGUUCCGUGACAUACGGCGACCGGGACGCGAUUACACCCAGCUACUGAAGCACCUCGAACUCGUACAGGGUAGUCGUAUGACGCAAAAGCACUUCGUGGACAUGUGCGUGCAUGAGGCGCGUCGGUUCCGGCGCCAUCGGAUGGUUGAGUGCAUACAGGAAUGGUGGGCGCAGCAUACUGGACGGUCCAUACCGGGGGGCGUUAAACGGGGACGCUCGAAACAGGAACCCGGUGGUGCGAAUUCCUUCUACAUCUAUGGUAAUAGCGACGGCCUGGAAGACGAGCACGAACACGCUCUGACGCCGGACAAUCUGUACCUUGUAAACGAUACCGGUGCGACGGUUUACAGCAGUGAGACGUUUCGCAGCACGACCCCACCAGGUGCGGCGUAUCUGAACAACAGCAUCGGUAGCGCAUACGGGACCACCGACUUUAGUCACAAUAAUCAUCACUUUGCCGAGGUGGUGCAUGUAUCGUACCCAAACACGUAGGACUAUUGCUGGCAAACGAUCACCUUUUUACCCGAUCGUUCGUUUUCUAUAUUUCAAUUUUUGUUUGUUAUGUAAUUUGCGAUACGAUAGCUCCCAUUACGCAAAUUGUAAUAUUUCAAUUUAAUAUAAUACAUCGCGGGGCGGUCCGGUGGUGUGUUGAUAGUAGCGCCGGUUUUCACACGACAAAACCGGUCCCAAAAUCCCAUCCGGACCAAUCCUCCGUACGCGCAGGACUGACUAUCCGUUACAGGUAAAUAACGGCAAAGAAAGCCAGAGUUGGCAGGCCUAUAGACCUCUUUGAGGUUGUUGUGCCGAUAUAGAAGAAAAUCUUUUGUCUGAACAUAAUUUACACGUACAUGCAAAGUUCUUUUUUAUUUUAGAGUUUUCUUUUCGUCUCUUCUAAUGAUCCAAGUUCAUUUCAUAACCAAUAUCGGUCACGGUUUUUCCCUUGCAGUAUGGAUGUAUCUAGUUCUAUAUCUGUAAUUCCAGACCACGAGAGUUGUUAUGGGACCGAUCAUGAAGCAAUAUAGUGUAAAUGUUAAGUUUUUGGUUUGCACCCUCCGACUUACGUACGUCCCUUUGGUUAAGUGUAGUUAUUUUAUUUUUAUUUUUUAUUUACCAGUCUAAUGAUUGUUAAGCUGUAUCAAGGGUCCGUAGGAAUACGUAAAUAACAAAUAGACCAGAAACUAAUCUAUGUCACAAUACGCAAAUUAUGGUUUUAUUUCCUUUGGUGUGAUGGUAAGGAUACUUUCAUUCAGAUCCUUGAAAAAAAAAGGUAUUGAAAUACUUGAGAAUCUCAUAACGAAUUUUGUAGGGAAUAUAGGAUUUACGGUCAAACUACCGUGGUAGGAAAAUUUCACGUGGAAGUUAAUUUCGCGUUUUGCACUAAGUUUGAUAAACUUGUUGAAUAGCUUGAAGCCCUGUGAUUUUUUGGGGAUUGAUUCUAAUUUUGCAGCAUUUGGAGAGGAAGUAACGGUU